AUGUCGGUGAUUGCAGUGCUCCUCACUACAAGCAUUUUUGGCAACUCUUUUUGGGAUACUGGUCUAAUUGGAGGCUGGAAAUUGCGACAUGUUGUUCUCUGCACGUCUAUGAUUGGAUCAACCUACCAAAUCCUAGGCUACGUUAACGUCAUUAUUCAUGGAGGUGUCGGGAAAAAUGGUUCUACAAUUGCGGGUACAUCAGUAAUUUUUCCUCUCUUCCCUCUACUAAUGGUGGUGGUACCGUUUUGUAUGAUCUACUCGCGUGCCGAAACUGCUGUUUAUGAUGAGCAUAUCACGCUUUUCAUGCUAUGCUUUGGCGCUGUAGGCGCAAAGGCAACGAAUCGCUUAGUUAUUGCUCAUAUGAGCAAAAGUGAGCUCCGAUUAUGGGACUGGAUUUACUUAGGUCCAUUACUCCUGAUGCUCAACCAGUAUUACAAUACUGUUUUUGAUGAACUCUUAUUGCUUCGAUUGGUUACGGUUUACUGCUACUUUUCCUUACUGGUAUACUGCACGGUAGUCUGCCGGCAAUUUUGCGAAUUUUUGAACAUUUACUGUUUCACGCUUGGUGCUCGGAAUCCGAACAAGAAGUCGACGAUGACGAAGUUACUGUUUAACAGGAAGUACCUGCAUAUACCAUCUCUGGAGUAA